GUAUCCCAAAAGAGCAAGAUGUCUAUAAGAAAAAUCUACCGAUGUCUAAAUUCUUUAAUCAAAAGAUCAUGUGCUCAAUCUCUAUGAUCAUAUGUUCCCAUUUCACAGUUUGUUUCAACGCUCAGGUUUUGAAUAAUCUCUCUUUGUUCUCUGCUUCACUGGAGAACAACCCCUUUGUUUUCAAUCGAAGAUAAUCAUUACAUCAAUAAGAAAGCUGAGAUUCUUUGAAGAAUCAAGAAUCAAGAAAAGUCAAAUAAAUCAAGAAUCAAGAAUGGUGCGGACACCAUGUUGCAAAGCUGAGUUAGGGUUAAAGAAAGGAGCUUGGACUCCCGAGGAAGAUCAGAAGCUUAUCUCCUACCUUUACCGUCACGGUGAAGGUGGCUGGCGAACUCUCCCCGAAAAAGCUGGACUCAAGAGAUGUGGCAAAAGCUGCAGACUGAGAUGGGCCAAUUAUCUAAGACCUGACAUCAAAAGAGGUGAGUUCACUGAAGACGAAGAACGUUCUAUCAUCUCCCUUCACGCCCUUCACGGAAACAAAUGGGCUGCAAUAGCUCGUGGAUUACCAGGAAGAACCGAUAACGAAAUCAAGAACCACUGGAACACUCAUAUUAAAAAACGUUUGAUCAAGAAAGGUGUUGAUCCUGUUACUCACAAGAGCAUAUCAGAAAACGUACAGGAUAUUCCGGAGAAACAAAACGUUAAUCAGGAAAUUAUAACGGGUAAUGAUGAUCUUGAUCAUAAUGAGAAGGUGAAGAAGCCGGGAUUAUCAUCGGCUAGGUUCUUGAACAGAGUAGCUAAUAGGUUCGGAAAGAGAAUCAACCAGAGUGUUCUGUCUGAGAUAAUCGGAAGUGGUGGCCCGCUUACUACUAUCACUAGUACAACAAGUGUCACGGUUGACUCCGCAUCUGAUAAGUCAACCAGCUCUUCCUUUACACCAACCUCGAAUCUUCAUUGCCACAUGACCGUUAACGGUAACGGUAACGCUACGUCGUCUCCGUCCACAUUCUCAGAGUCAUCCAUCAACGAUCAAUUAGUAUACUGUGAUUAUAAUGAUGACAUUGAUGGAUUCUCAACAUUUCUAAAUGAUGAAGAUUUCAUGAUGUUGGAAGAGUCUUGUGUUGAGAACACUGAGUUCAUGAAAGAACUUACGAGGUUUCUUGACGAGGAUGAGAGUCAUGGGGUGGACAACGUAGAAAUGAUGCCCAUCUAUGAACAUCAAGACAGUUUUGAAGAGAUUGAUAGCUAUUUUGCAUGAGUGAAUCUUAGGAUAAACCAACCCCACAUGAUCAUUUCAAUAUGAUCCUGUCAUAGAUGAUGAUGAUAAAUUAUAAUAAUGAUGAUGGUGAUAAAUAAUUUUGUAUUGUCAUAUAUGCGUGUCUUUUUAGUGUUUCUUUUGUUUUACUAUUUUGUACAUUUGCCCUCGAGUGUGUUUCGUAUGAAGUGGAUAUCAUAAAUUAAUGGGGAUGUAUUUAAACAAACAAACAAAAACUAGUGGGGAUG